GACCCAUUUGCUUCACAUCUCAUCAAAUCUUCUGCAUCAAGCCACAUCAUGCUAAACAAGAUUCUGCUGUUGUCUCUUCAGAUGAGUCUCCUAGGAAGUACUCUUGGUGGGAAUAUUCUGAUUUGGCCAAUGGAAGGUAGUCAUUGGCUAAAUGUUAAGAUGAUUAUAGAUGAGCUGAUUAAAAAGGAACACAAUGUGACCGUCCUGGUUGCUUCUGGUGCACUUUUUAUCACACCAACCUCUAAGCCAUCUCUCUCGUUUGAAAUUUAUAAGGUGCCCUUUGGCAAAGAAAGAAUAGAAGGCGUCAUCAAGAACUUUGUUUUGACAUGGCUGGAAAAUAGACCAUCUCCUUCAACCAUUUGGAGAUUCUAUCAGGAGAUGGCCAAAGUUAUCAAGGACUUCCACAUGGUGUCAGGAGAGAUCUGUGAUGGUGUUCUUAAAAACCAAAAGCUGAUGGAAAAGCUCAAAAGCAGCAAAUUUGAGGUUCUGGUGUCAGAUCCAGUAUUUCCUUGUGGUGAUAUAGUAGCUUUAAAACUGGGGAUUCCAUUUAUAUACUCCUUGAGGUUUUCUCCAGCCUCAACAGUAGAAAAGCACUGUGGGAAGGUCCCAUACCCUCCUUCCUAUGUUCCUGCUGUUUUAUCAGAACUCACCGACCAGAUGUCUUUUACUGACAGAAUAAGAAACUUCAUCUCCUACCAUCUACAGGACUACAUGUUUGAAACUCUUUGGAAACAAUGGGAUUCCUACUACAGUAAAGCUUUAGAUGGUAGCCAUUGGUUAAAUAUUAAGAUCAUUCUAGAAGAAUUGACUCAAAGAAAUCACAAUGUGACUGUACUGGCUUCAUCAGCAACUCUAUUCAUCAAUUCCAGUCUGAAUUCUCCUGUGAAUUUUGAAGAGAUACCUAUUUUUUUUAAGAAAAGUGAUAUAGAUGCCUUAAUUGAACAUAUGAUAAUGCUGUGGACAGACCACAGACCAACUCCUCUUACACUGUGGACUUUCUACAAAGAACUAGGAAAACUCUUAGACACUUUUUUUCGAAUUAAUAUACAAAUCUGUGAUGGCGUAUUAAACAACCCCAAGUUAAUGGCAAGACUUCAGAAAGGUGGUUUUGAUGUGUUGGUAGCAGACCCAGUAACAAUCUGUGGUGAACUGGUUGCUCUGAAAUUAGGAAUUCCAUUUAUGUACACCUUGAGGUUCUCUCCCGCCUCAACAGUAGAGAGACACUGUGGGAAAAUCCCAGCGCCAAUCUCAUAUGUACCUGCAGCCUUGUCAGAGCUCACUGAUCACAUGACCUUUGGUGAAAGGGUUAAAAAUACCAUAUCGUAUCCACUGCAAGACUACAUAUUUCAAUCCUACUGGGGAGCAUGGAAUUCAUACUACAGCAAAGUUUUAGGAAGACCCACUACAUUGUGUGAGACUAUGGGGAAAGCUGAAAUUUGGCUAAUCCGAACAUAUUGGGAUUUUGAAUUUCCCCGUCCAUACUUACCUAAUUUUGAGUUUGUUGGAGGAUUGCACUGCAAACCUGCCAAACCUUUACCUAAGGUUUUGUGGCGCUACAAAGGAAAAAAACCAGCCACAUUAGGAGCCAAUACCCAGCUCUAUGAUUGGUUACCCCAGAAUGAUCUUCUUGGUCAUCCCAAAACCAAAGCUUUUAUCACUCAUGGUGGAAUGAAUGGGAUCUAUGAAGCCAUUUACCAUGGGGUCCCUAUGGUGGGAAUUCCCAUAUUUGGUGAUCAGCCUGAUAACAUUGCUCACAUGAAGGCCAAAGGAGCAGCCGUGGAGGUGAACUUGAACACAAUGACAAGUGCCGAUUUGCUCAAUGCCUUGAGAACAGUCAUUAAUGAACCUUCUUAUAAGGAGAAUGCUAUGAGGUUAUCAAGAAUUCACCAUGAUCAACCCAUGAAGCCCCUGGAUCGGGCAGUCUUCUGGAUCGAGUUUGUCAUGCGCCACAAGGGAGCCAAGCACCUGCGACCAGCUGCCCACAACCUCACCUGGAUCCAGUACCACUCUUUGGAUGUGAUUGGGUUCCUGCUGGCCUGUGUGGCAACUUGUAUAAUAUUAGUCAUGAAAUGUUGUUUGUUCUCUUGUCAAAAAUUUGGCAAAACCAAAAGGAAGAAAAAGAGAGACUAGGCCAAGAAAAAGAGAAAAUAGGUCUUACACAUUUGGUAAAGUCCGGAAUGGACCGAUUCUGUUAAAUCGAACCACAAAGAACUUAACAAAAGCACAUCUCCAUCCUGUUUUCAAAUUUUCCAUUUCUCUACCUUAGCCUAAAGAUAAGCCUAGAAUUCAAUAUGAUCUUUAACUAAUAAGUGUGUUCCAUUGUUCCUUUGUCUUUUCCUAGCUGGCUUUACCCUUUCCUUUUACUUUUCUCACACAGGGACACUACCUAAUUUUAAAUAUGUUCUAUUCAUAAUAUCAAUAUUUUCCUUAUAUGUAACCUUAAGUGCUGACUAACAGUAUACUGGAUCUUCGGUAAUGCACAAAGUAUUGAUAAAAUUUGUUAGAUAUUUGGAAGCUGAAAAGGGUCAAAUUCACAAGUUUCCAGAGACUGUAGAAAUCAGGGACCUACCAUAGGAGAUAAGUGAGUUCUGAGAAGAAUAAUGAUUUCAUAUUUUAAUAAAAACUAAUUUUCUGAUUGCUCAGUGUUACAGGGAUUAAAGCGUGGAUUUAUCACUGUGAUAGUGCAUCCCUAUUAAAUGUCUAAGAAUUUUCAUUGAGCACAGCUAGGUAAUCAUAGUCUAAUGUGCCUGCCUUUCUUCAACAAAUAUUCUUGUGUUUCUUUUAGUGAAAGUUUGAGCACUGUCCUCAAAAGCAGAUCAAUUGAGACAUUUUUUUCCCUCAAGGAGAAAGUCAGCAAUAUGGUAAAGAUGAACGGACAUUUUUAGAGGACAUAACAAUAAGAAAUAUAGGAAAAAUACUAAUUUUAUAGAAUAUUUAGUUCACAGUACAAAUAAUAACCUUAAAUGUCAAUUCAUUAUAUUUAAAAACUAUGAUUACACAUAAUCUGUAAUCAAUACUUGUAAUCAAAAGUUUAAUUUUCUGUCAAAAAUAGGAAAAUAUUUACUUGAAAUUUGA